CCUGGGCGUCUCUGGCAGUCUGCCUCCCUCUCCCUUUUUGUGCGCUGUUUGUGGAGACAAGAACACCUCGUAAACUUUGGCUCUGCGAGAAUACUCACUGCAAGAAAGCUCAAUUCUUUUCGGUCUGGCUUAGCAGGCCAUGGCUGCAAAGAAAAUAAUAGCUAUAUGCCAGUCAGGCGGUGAGUUUGUGACAAAUAAGGACGGAACAUUGUCAUACAAUGGAGGUGAUGCUCAUGCAAUCGACAUUGAUCAGCAAACACAGUUGAGUGAUUUCAAGUCUGAAGUAGCUGAAAUGUUCAAUUGUACUGUUGAUACAAUGUCUAUCAAAUACUUCCUCCCAGGAAACAAAAAGACGCUUAUCACUAUAUCUAAAGACAAGGAUUUACAGCGCAUGGUCAAUUUUCUUGCGGAUUCAACCACAGUUGAUGUCUUUGUCAUGUCAGAGGAAGCUGCUGCGAGGAAUAUAUCCAAUAUGCCUGCUAGUAGGUCGAGCAGGACAACUGUGUCAGAAGCUGUAGUUCCUAUGGUUGAUGUUGUCCCCAUUGAUGUUCAUGUUGACAUUGAUCGAGUGGAUAUGGAUGUCCCUGAUGAAAAUCCUAUAUCCUGUAUACCCAUGGGAAUCACUGAUGACAAGCAUCGUAAAGCUGCCUUGCAGUGGGAAAACACCAUAACUGGUGUUGAUCAAAGGUUUGGUAGUUUUACUGAAUUCAGAGAAGCUUUGCAUAAGUUCUCAAUUGCCCAUGGAUUUGCUUAUAGAUAUAAGAAGAAUGACAGUCAUCGUGUUACUGUCAAAUGCAAAUCCCAAGGUUGUCCUUGGCGGAUAUAUGCAUCUAGGCUUUCAACCACACAAUUAAUUUGUAUCAAGAAAAUGAAUGCAGAACAUACAUGUGAAGGAGCUUCUGUGAAAGCUGGGUAUCGGGCAACAAGGGGUUGGGUGGGAAGUAUCAUAAAGGAGAAACUGAAAGUUGCCCCAAACUAUAGGCCAAAAGAUAUUGCAGAUGACAUCAAGCGGGAGUAUGGAAUUCAACUGAACUAUUCUCAGGCAUGGCGUGCAAAAGAGAUUGCAAGAGAGCAACUUCAAGGGUCUUAUAAAGAGGCAUACAAUCAGUUGCCAUUCUUUUGUGAGAAAAUAAAGGAGACUAAUCCAGGCAGUAUUGCUACAUUCUCCACCAAGGAUGACUCAAGUUUCCACCGUCUCUUUGUCUCAUUUCAUGCAUCAAUCACUGGUUUCGAACAAGGUUGCCGUCCUCUCAUUUUCCUUGAUAGUGUUCCCUUGAACUCAAAAUACCAGGGGAUGCUGUUGGCUGCUAUUUCUAUUGAUGCGGAUGAUGGUAUUUUUCCUAUUGCUUUCGGGGUCAUAGAUGCUGAGACAGAUGACAACUGGCAUUGGUUUUUAUCAGAACUAAAGUCUGCUAUUGCUACCUCUCGUCAGAUUACAUUUGUUGCAGAUUUUCAGAAUGGUAUAAAGAAAUCAUUCGCUGAGGUUUUUGAUAAAUGUUAUCACAGCUACUGUUUGCGUCAUCUUGCUGAGAAACUAAACAGAGACUUAAAGGGGCAGUUUUCUCAUGAAGCAAGACGCUUCAUGAUAAAUGAUUUUUAUGCUGCGGCCUAUGCACCGAGACUUGAGGGAUUCCAGCGUUCUGUAGAGAACAUAAAAGGUAUCUCCCCUGAUGCUUACAACUGGGUCGUACGAAGUGAGCCAGAGCACUGGGCAAACGCCUUCUUUGGAGGAGCAAGGUAUAAUCACAUGACUUCAAACUUUGGGCAACAGUUGUACAGUUGGGUGUCAGAGGCACACGAACUGCCAAUAACUCAAAUGAUUGAUGCACUAAGGGGCAAAAUGAUGGAAACAAUUUAUACUCGCCGGGUGGAAUCCAAUGAAUGGAUGACAAAGUUAACACCAUCAAAAGAGGGAAAAUUGCAAAAGGAGACAUCAAUAGCUAGGUCCCUUCAAGUUCUGCUUUCCCAUGGUAGCACAUUUGAGGUUCGUGGAGAAUCUGUCGAUAUUGUCGAUAUUGAUCAUUGGGAUUGCAGCUGCAAGGGAUGGCAACUAGUGGGUUUGCCUUGCUGCCAUGCCAUUGCAGUAUUUGAAUGCAUUGGUAGAAGUCCAUAUGAUUAUUGCUCCAGAUACUUCACAGUUGAGAGUUACCGCUCAACGUACGCCGAGUCAAUUCACCCUGUUCCAAAUGUUGACAGGCCAAUUCAGGGUGAAUCUAGUGAUGUAGGAGUUAUUGUGACCCCUCCACCGACUAAACGGCCACCUGGCAGGCCGAAGACGAAGCAGGCUGAAUCUAUUGACAUGAUUAAGCGUCAGCUUCAGUGUAGCAAGUGCAAGGGCCUUGGCCAUAAUAAGAAGACAUGCAAAGGUUCCUAGUGUAGAUUGAUAGGGCAUUGUAAAGUAGGUAUCUCUUGCUUUGUAACUUCUUUAACAAAAUUUUGAUUGGCAGUGUAGGGUUAUAUUUGUGUAUGGGUGGACCUUGAUCGAGCAUCAUACUCUAUUUAAAUGCACGCGACUACAUUUUUUGUGUAUUUGGUUAGUGAUGGUCGAAAUCGUCUUCUGUCCAUUUGUUAGUGAUCUACUUGUCAGCUCCAUUAUAUGUAGUCAUUUUGUGGGUUCUCAAAGCUUGUAAACAGAAGCAGGCACCUCAGUACCUGAGAUUGGAGACUC